AUGUCGGCUGCUAAGCGCGGCCGGGUUAGUAAAAGUUCAGCAACGACGUGCGCGCCGAGUAUAUUGAAGUUUGUUUCGCGGUCCGAACCAUCGGGAAGAGAUGUUGUAAAAAGUGUUAUUCAUGAUUUGAUAGUGGAGGUGGUGAAAACCUCAGAAGCAGACGUCGCAAAACACCGCGGCGAUUCUGUCUCAUCAAAACAAAUAGCGUCGUGGAAAACUGACUUUCACUGGCUCGUUGUUGAAGGCGAGGGAUGGGAAAUGCGCCUUAAGUGCAACAUUUGUAUGAAAGGUAAUGUUACGACAGUGUGGGCUAGGGCUGGAUCAUGCAAUAUUCAAAAGGACACGAUAGUCAAGCACAAUAAUUGUACCGAACACAGGGAUGCCGAGAAAAAAAUGUUAACUUCCAGAGCAGAAGCUUCGGCCUCUUGUAUUGAAGAAGUGCCUUUAGAUACCAAUGAAAAAGUUGAAGAUGGUGAUAUAAAAUUGUUUCGCACUGUUUAUUAUGCUGCAUGCGAGGAACUGCCCUCGUGGAAAGUUAAUAGUCUACUUGAACUCCAGAGAUUGAAUGGGACUGACAUUAAAUAUAAAAAUCUAAGCUGGGAUACAGUGUCAGAAAUUCAAGGAUGCAUCAAGACUGUAUUUCAAAGAGAUCUGGUAGCAGAACUUAUAACCUCUGAUGUGUACUCAGUUAUGCUGGAUGAAAGUACUGACCUUACAGUACAGAAACACUUAUCCAUCUGUGUCAGAUAUGUCAAUAAUGGGGAAUCUGUGACAAAAUUUUUAGGAAACAUUCACAUUAAAGAUGGUAAGGCCUACACCAUAGUACAAGAAGUAAUAAGUUGUCUAGAGGGAUUAGGUCUUGACCCUGGUAAGAUUGUGUCUCUAGCUACAGACGGUGCCUCUGUAAUGACUGGCAGAAAGGCAGGUGUUGGUGUGCAGCUUAGAUCCAAAUAUUCACCAUUUAUGUUACAAACUCAUUGUAUUGCGCACAGGUUGAAUCUGGCUGUGAUUGACUCUAUUAAGAAAGAUGAAGUUCUUGAAAAGUUUAAAGAGAAGUUUGGUGCAUUGUACCACUUUAUGAGUAACUCAAGUAUCCGAAUGGAACGCCUGAAAGAUCUGCAAGCAGUGUUGAGAGAACCAGAAUUAACUAUAAAAGAACCUUAUAGUAUAAGAUGGUUAGGUUUAAGAAAUGCAGUUAAGGCAGUAUAUGAAUCGUACAGCUCCCUCCUAGCUACACUCACGAGCUUCGCCAGUGAAUCUUCAACAGCUAAAGGUCUCUUCAAGUACUUUUCAGAUUAUAAAACUGUGUUGCUUGUUGCACUGAUGUUAGAUGUGCACGAGUGUGUGGCUGUUUUCAGCCAGCAGCUACAGCAACAAAAUCUUUGUUUUAGUCAGAUACAACCCUUUCUCGAUGGCACAUUAGGUCAACUAAAACACUUGGAAUCCAAUGAUGGUGAUAAUUUGAAAGCUAUGAAACGGUGCAUUGAGUUAAAACAGGAAGAUUCCAAGACAGUGGCUUAUCUAGAUGAAGAAAAACUUUUAAGAUAUUCAGAAAACAUUAACCAUGAUUUUUCAUCAUUGAGAACAAGAUAUGUAGAAAAGUUGCAGAAGAACAUCAGGCACAGAUUUCGGAAAGAGGACAGUGCAAUAUUUAAAGAUUUGAGCUUGUUGUUGGAACCUUUGGUAGUAACUGUGUCCAGUGAGACAGAGUCACUAGAUGCUUUGGAGAAAGUUGGCUUCCUCUAUGGAGAAGAUAAAGAUGCACAAAUAUACCAUGGCAAUCUUUUGGAAGGAAUUGAUAUAGAAACCAAAGUGGUGCACAAAUUAUUAGACAAAGAAAAACUUAAAAAACAGUGGCCAAGUAUGAGGGGCAUGCUACAGGGCUCAUACAAAAACUAUUCACUGCAGAAUCUGUGUAAAAGGGUCAUCUUGAUGCAUGAAGACUUGACAGAAUUUGUUAUGUUAUGCAAGAUAGCUCUUUGCUUCUCAAUUACCAGUGUGGAGUGUGAGAGAAGUUUUAGUACCCAAAACCGUAUAAAGAACAAGUGCAGAGGGUCUUUAAAGCCAGAAAAUCUUGACACACUGAUAUUCAUUGCAAUGACCAAGUGUGACAUAUCAUCAUUUAAUCCACAAAAAUCAGUUCAGCUGUGGCUUAGCAAGAAAAAAAGGAGAAAGGGUAGACUAUUCCAGGAUUUCAAAACCAGAGCUAAAAGAGUGUGCCAGCAGACUGAACGGCAGGAGUGUUAA